GGUACAGAAGAGAUGGAAGUCAAUGUUGUCAAUGAAAUGGGGAUCAACCAAUUACGUCAGGCAUUCGUAAAAGCCGGCUUCGAGGUCCUUUCGGUCGCACAGGACAGGUACUCGGGAUCUCUGGGACCAAGCACCCCGAAGCAUGCGAGCAAUGAAUGUAGUCGACGACAUUGUCGGCUCGCCGCACAUUGUCUCCAGUAGCACUGCCCAGCCUCUGGAUGCCAUCUACCAUCUCUUCUCGAUCAUCAUUCUGGCCUUUCAGCCCGACGACCUUUUCUUGAACAUUAUCGAUCGUCUCUUCCGUACGACUGACCCCCUUUUCGAUAUCCCAGCUCUUCGUGUACACACGACCAAUCGUUUCUCCGACUUAUUUCACCUUUGCUUCUACACUGUUGCUCGUCUCUUCAAUUUCGUCGGCCUGAUUACCGUCCCUGACCCAGCUUCAAACGAUGACUGCUCGAGCACUUAAACGGCGCCUUUGGCUGGAGCGUUGCCAGCGCGCACAGUUCUACGUCUGGGAGCCAUAUCGAUGUCGUAGUCUACUGUGUCGGGAAUACUGAGAUCUCAAGCCCGUCAUCGUGUGAGAAGACUGAGCGUACAACGGGGAAAUGAGAGCAGGAGUAACGCACAGAGCUGCAAUGAACGGGAAUGUCCCUACUAUUCUGUACCGCUCGAUCUUGGACUGCAUGUAUUCCUGGAGACUCUCGCAGUUGGUGCGGACGCGCUACGUUGAUGCAACAGGCGAUGUGAGAGGAGGACCGGAACCGGAACCAAGAGCGACAACCUGAGGCUGGUGCACGUCGGCUUGGCAGCGGUUUGCACUUUCUCCUUCCUUCCCUUCACUCCGAUGUCUUCUCUGGCAACAUUUGACGACGAAUGGAAUAUAUCAGCUACACUUCCAGGAUCUUCGCGAAGGUCGUGAGGGACAGUUUGACGCCACCUGAGCCACCCUUCGGCCAGGAACCCACUGGACUGUACGUACAAUGGAGUACUGGCCGAUGAUAACAAAUCUUGCCC